AGCUGCAGCUGCAAUCGCAGCAAAUACCCAAAGAAGACGAAGAAGAAGAGCUUCGUUAUAACAACAGAAGACCAAAAAAGAAGCUGGCGUCUUUAUGCUAAUUUUGUGAAAUCCAAUUUAUUAGCAGUAUCAGCUUAAUUUUGGAAUCAUUUUUGAAGACAUCGACUUAACUGUCAACGGAACCCCGUUGUUACGAAAAUAUGUCAGAAUUCCCAUGCAAGUCCAUUCCCUCUACAAAUGAAACUCCCAUCAAGGAAUCACAAUUGAAAGACAGUCCUGACUUGCUCAAUGGAGUAAAAAGAGCUGUGGUGGUUCUGACCCGACUCCCAGAAUAUAAGAUCAGCGCUCUGCGACCACCAACGCCGCAGCAGUUCUACAGUGAAGACGAGUCCCUCAGCAGCUCUGACUCUGAUAUGCAGUGGGAGCCAGAAGAUGAUUCUAGUGGUUCUGAGUUCUCACUUUCACACCAUAAAAAGAAAACGGGAAAACACGUUGCUGCGCCACACACGAGCAGGACAAACAAAAACAACAACAACACCAACAUCACCAAUGUGUCACAGACUGCUCCUGUAAUAUUAUCAGUCUCUGCACAUUGCUCCAGUGAAACCACAAAGAUCCGGCCAAACUUGCCGGAAGAAGAGCUCAAAGUGGACAUGGUGGUCCUGGCCAGGAAGAGAUCCAUGAGAUGGCAACGUGGAAAAAUAUUGGCUAUAGUAACAAGAGAAGAUGGACGGUUGAAGUACAAAGUAGGUUUUGAUGAAAAGGGCAAGAGCCUGGUGUCUGGCCACCACGUUGCCUUGGACACCACACCGAAGCUGGAGCAGCUGUAUGUUGGUGCUCGUGUGGUGGUCAAGUGUCAAGACAACAUGUUCCGGUUCCGGCCUGGUGUUUUGGCAGAGCUCCCCAGCAGAAGGAACCGCUUACGGUUCAUGGUUUUUUUGGAUUGUCACAUGCCGCUCUAUGUUGGUUUACCUUCACUUCACCUGGUGUGGAGACCACUGGACAAUGUUUUGGACGACAUUCCGAACAGUCCUCACAGGUCUUUUAUGACCCGAUACCUGAAGGACUGGCCGUCCCCGCUUUUAACCCAUUACAAGGCCGGGCAGAGCCUUAAUGUCGAACUAAACGGAGCAAAGCAGAGGUGUGAGGUGCAAGUGGUCGAUUGCAGCUUGAUGCAGCUUCUUUUUCAGGACAAUCAACAUAAGGAGUGGAUCCAUCGAGGCUCGAUGCGACUUGAACACAUGGCUAGAUUUUUGGGAAUUGAAGGAGUGGAAGAGCAAGGUGAUUCUCACUGAAAGCCCACCGACAGAAAUAAUAACAAUGGUAAUCACUUUGUAAUAUAGAAAACAGUAUGAACAACAGACUUAAAGACAGAAGGAAACAUUAAACCGAACAUUUUCAGCUCAAAAAAAGAGAGAAAUUGUAAGGUGAGCAAACAUGAGUCAAAGAUAACAUUUGUUUAAAUGCUUUGUUUGUUUUGUAAUAUUUUGUAAUUGUGUCAAGCUAUAGCUACAGGCUGGCUAGUUGUACACCAUUAAAACCCAGUCCAGUCUACUGUUUUUACUGGUUGCAAUCAAGAUGCAGCCUGAUCCUACAAACUGCACCUUAAGUUCAAACGAGCAACUUUGCAUGUUGCAGACAAGAAUUUGAGCUAUUCGAUUGUUUAGUUAAAUUUUUAACAUUGUGACCGGAUGACAUUGUAAAAAAAUGCUUUUCAUCAAUUAAAUAAUUGUAGUGGUGUAUGUUUCGUAGAUCUUGA